UAACAGAGAUAGUCCAUUGUUCAAAAAUAUGUGUCAGUCGGAUUGUGCAAUAACUCCAGGACUAUAUGCCAUGGUUGGUGCAGCAGCAGCUUUAGGUGGUGUCACAAGAAUGACAGUCUCAUUGGUGGUGAUAAUGUUUGAGCUGACGGGAGGACUUCAGUAUAUUGUACCCCUAAUGCUCGCCACCAUGGCAAGCAAGUGGGUUGGGGAUGCUUUAGGUAAACAAGGAAUCUAUGACGCACAUAUUCGAUUAAAUGGUUAUCCAUAUCUGGACAAUAAAGAGGAGUUUACUCAUACCACAAUAGCAGCAGACGUCAUGCGUCCAAGAUGUUGGCGCUAUGGUCUCGAAGUGUAAGUUAGUUGUGAAUGU